AUGUUGAUAAAUCAAUGUUCGGGAAAUCCGGAUGCGAAACGACUCUACGAUGAUUUAUUAUCAAACUACAAUAAACUCGUACGUCCCGUUGUCAACGUGACAGAUGCAUUAACAGUAAAAAUAAAAUUAAAAUUAUCACAAUUAAUCGACGUGAAUUUAAAAAAUCAAAUAAUGACGACGAAUUUAUGGGUCGAACAGUCUUGGUACGAUUAUAAACUCCAGUGGGAUCCAAAAGAAUAUGGCGGCGUUGAAAUGCUUCACGUACCAUCGGAUCAUAUAUGGAGACCGGAUAUAGUUCUUUACAAUAACGCUGAUGGAAAUUUUGAAGUUACCCUUGCGACAAAGGCCACGCUCAACUAUACAGGCCGAGUUGAAUGGAAACCUCCGGCUAUAUAUAAAUCAAGUUGUGAAAUUGAUGUCGAAUAUUUUCCAUUCGAUGAACAAACGUGCGUCAUGAAAUUCGGUUCCUGGACAUACGAUGGAUUCCAGGUCGAUUUACGUCACAUAGACGAAGCAAAAGGAUCGAACGUUGUUAAAGUCGGUAUCGAUUUAUCGGAAUUUUACACAUCCGUAGAAUGGGAUAUAUUAGAAGUACCUGCCGUAAGGAAUGAAAAAUUUUACACGUGUUGCGACGAACCAUAUCUAGACAUAACAUUCAAUAUAACAAUGAGAAGGAAAACGUUAUUUUAUACGGUAAAUCUUAUAAUACCGUGUAUGGGAAUAUCAUUUUUAACCGUUUUAGUAUUUUAUCUACCUUCCGACAGUGGAGAAAAGGUUUCUUUAUCAAUUUCUAUUCUAUUGUCUCUCACCGUGUUCUUCCUUUUAUUGGCCGAAAUUAUUCCACCGACUUCUUUGGUUGUUCCAUUGCUUGGAAAAUUUGUUUUAUUCACAAUGAUAUUAGACACGUUCAGAGUCUUCAUACAUGUUUUGCCUAGAUUAUUGGUAAUGCGCAGGCCGCAUUAUCAAAUUGAUAGACGAAGUUUGACAGGUUCGUCACAUAAAAUAAUGGUUCAGACUUGUAACGGUUAUGCAGAAACUUCCGCUUCCGAAUUAUUAGAUGCUUCUCAAGGUGAAAUUUUUACAAGAGAUGAUUUUGGACCCCAAGAAUUAGAAGCCAUGACGUUGGGAAGCUCAUGUAGGAUACACGGAACACCAAUAUUACCACCCCUUUGCGGUGACGUACCACCAUUUCCCGUGCUUCCAUCGAGUCCUGUUUGCAGAAAAGUUCAUCAUUGGCAUCACUGCCCAGAACUUCACAAAGCCAUCGACGGUGUUAAAUAUAUUGCGGACCAUACAAAAAAAGAAGAAGCUGAUACCAGGGUUAAAGAAGAUUGGAAAUAUGUCGCAAUGGUUUUAGAUCGUUUAUUCCUUUGGAUUUUCACUCUUGCCGUACUCGUUGGUACUGCCGGUAUCAUAUUACAGGCACCAACACUUUACGACGAUAGAAUACCCAUUGAUGUUAGAUUAUCUGAAAUUGCAUCAACGACAGCAAAACCACAUGUAGCAACUUCACUUUAA